CCGCGGUUUCCCUCCGGACCGGCCGGGUGAACACAUGCCGGGGUUCGAGCUCGUCCCGGUGGCCGGCGGGGAGCCCAUCCGCCUGCCGGAGGGGGAGACGGUGCUGGGCCGGGGCCCGCUGCUGGGGGUCAGUGACAUGAGAGUGUCCAGGAGACAUGGACUGCUGGAGAACCUGGAUGGACGACUGCGCCUCAAGCCAAUCCACGUGAACCCGUGCUUCAGUCAGUCGUCUCUGGACGCCAGCCCCGAGGCUCUGCAGAGGGACAGCUGGUACACGCUUCGUGAUGGAGACCUGUUCUCCCUGCUGCCGGGGAGGUGCGUCUACAAGGUGGCGGCCGUGGGCGGAGGAGACGGCCCGCUGAGAGGCGAUCAGGAGUUUGAAGAAGAGGAAGAACCGCCCAUCCGUCGUUCCUCUCCAGAGCAGGAAGUCCAGUCUCCUCUUCCUGCUGAAGAGGAGCAGGUUCGAGCUCCUCCUCCUCCUCCUCCUGCUGGACGGGACGAGGGUCGGACUCCUCCCUCCGAGGCACCGACACGAGCCGCUGAGCAGAACAACCAGCGAGACGAGCAGGAAGCCAGCAGCCCCAACAGAACUUCAGAUCAGGUAGACUUUGCACUGUCAAAACAAGUGGAGGACGACGAGAAGCUCGUUCCUGUUCCUGUUCCCAAGAAAAGGGUUUUACCUGCUUGGAUGAUGAGCAGUGUAACGUCUCCCAAGUCGCCCCCCUCCACCCCUAAAGCUGUGAAGAAAGGCAGAAGAGCGACGCAGCCGGCGAGCAGCAGUAAACGAGGCCCAGCGAGCCGGGCCGGUCCCGCUGCGACGUCCUCAGCCCAGGACUCAGAGCACAGCGAGGCCGAGGAAACACCCAGGAGGAAGAGGAGGAGGAAGACGAGCGAUGAGGAAGGAGAGGCUCGGCCUGAAACAAACAACAAUCCCUCACGGGCGGCCAAAGCCAGGCAGGGGGAAUCGAGUCGGGCCGAGGUGAGCGACGAGUCUGACAACUUUAACAUGGAGGUGGAGGAGGAGGGAGACGAGGCCGAGACGUCCGCAGGGAAAAGAAACACCACAACGCACACGGCUGCCAUCAGACAGCCUGACAACGGGGACAAGAAGACGAAAAAUGGACUGAAGGCCAGCAGGGCGGAGUCUGCGUCCGUCCCUGCCCCGUCCAAAACCCGCCUCAGAACACCUUGUCCGUACGGGAAGGACUGCUACAGGAAAAACCCCCUCCAUUUCCAAGAGUGCAGUCACCCUGGAGACUCUGACUAUGAGGAAGAGGAGGAGAAGGAGGAGAAGGAGGAGGAGGAGGAGGAUGCAGAGCGGCCGGAGUGUCCUUACGGCACCGACUGCUACAGGAAAAACCCUCUUCACAGGAAAGAGUUCAAACACACCAAGAGACCCGCGCGGAAUACAAGGACGCUUCGCAGAAAGCCCGCUGCCGAUGAAGACGACGACGACGACGAUGACUUCGGGGACGAUGACAGCUUCAUUAACGAUGACAGCGAGGACGUCGGCGAUGACUCGGACUAUGUCCCCCCUGACUCAGAUGACAGCGGUAAGGAGGACAUCAAACGACUCCAAAAAGAAGCAAAGACCUUUCUUAAGAGGCGGAAAUAAUCACAAACUACUUAAAAAAAAAAAAAAAAAAACGUUUACUUUUUAAGACCUUUACAUACAAAAACAUCUGUUUUAUCGGCUGAA